UCAACAGCAGCUCAGUGAGGCAGCGACAGCUCUCCGGUAAGUUUAUCAAACAUCUUUCCUCCAACUGGGACACCGGACGCUCAGCAGAGACAGACAUCAACCGGAUUAUCGGUUUAAUUAAACUGCUGUCAGGGAGUUCCGAUCAUUGAGGAGAUGUGGCGCUCGGUGCUGCCCCCGCUGUUCAGUCUGAGUCCUGCGGUUCUGUUCCUGCUGCAGCUUCCUGACUGCGCCGCCACACAGGAAGCACACUGGGAGGACUACAAAUAUGGCCGCCAGGGCUCCGACAAGAAGCCUUUCUGCUCCUGGAAAUGCAUCCUGUUCACGCUGCAGUGGCCCGGAGGGUUCUGUCAGUCUCUGGAUAAAGGGAAUCUCUGCCUGAUCCCUCAGAGCAUCAACAACUGGACGAUCCACGGUCUGUGGCCUUACCGGGCGAUGAACUGCUGCAGCUGCUGGCCGAUGUUCCACUCAGACAUCCAGGAGCUGGAGGCAGAGCUGACUGAACACUGGCCGUCCUUCCUGAAAACAAAAUCCAGCUUCCACUUCUGGGGGGAGGAGUGGCAGAAACACGGUGUGUGUGCAGCCUGUGUGGAAGGAAUGAACUCUCCGCUGAGAUACUUCCAGAUCUCCCUGAAACUGAGAGGACAGUUCGAUUUCCACAAGUUGCUGGAGGACGCUGGAAUCACUCCGUCCUGUGAGCGACCCUACAAGGUCGAGGAGGUUCAUCAGGUCCUGGAUCCACAUCUGGGAGACAAACCUGAGAUCCAGUGUGUCACAGACGACAAGGGCAGAGAGGUCUGGUUCCAGGUGAAGAUCCCUCUGUCUCGCAACCUAACUGUCGGCUGUCAUCACCACGGCGACGCUGACGGGACCCCGGCGUCCUGGUCUGGACCAGGAUGGAGCUCCUCCCACGGGCAUCCCUGCCCUCCUCAGGUCCCUUUCUACUACUUCCCCAUAGACCACCAGCAUCCCCAGCGGCCCUGCGGCUGACAGAAGCCCCACAGUGGCGUCUUCAUCGGGCUACAGGAAGUCUACCUCCAUCAAAGGUGGAACAGUCCAACUAAUUAUAUUAAUACUUUAAAGUUCAGUGUUUGUUUCAUUUUCUGUCUCUGAACCCAUCGAUUAAAGACAUUUUACACUUCC